UGAAGAAGAAGAACGAGAUCAGUGCGUUGCUGCUUGCAUUCAUCUCUGUUCAGUCCUGCUCCUCUCACGACGCAACUUUUCCUAACAAGAUGUUCUCCUACAGGCGAGACGAUCUGAUCCCCUCCAGCAGUGGAGGUCCUGGCGUGUAGAUGAAGUCCGCGUCCAGUGAGGUCCCAAGACCAUGGGCAGCGUGGGCGAGCAGUCCAUGACGGGCCGCACCAUGAUCCCCACCAUCCCGUCCAUCAUGUUCAUGUUCGGCGUGGCGGGCAACGUCAUCGCCAUCGUGGUGCUGUGCAAGUCCCGCAAGGAGCAGAAGGAGACCACCUUCUACACGCUGGUGUGCGGCCUGGCCGUCACCGACCUGCUGGGCACCCUGCUGGCCAGCCCGGUCACCAUCGCCACCUACGUGAAGGGCUCCUGGCCCGCAGGGGAGCCUCUGUGCCAGUACUUCGGCUUCACCAUGAUCUUCUUCUCCCUGGCCGGCCUCAGCAUCAUCUGCGCCAUGUCCGUGGAGAGAUACAUCGCCAUCAACCAUGCCUAUUUCUACAACGACUACGUGGACCAGAGGCUGGCCGGGCUGACGCUGCUCGCCAUCUACGUGUCCAACGCGCUCUUCUGCGCGCUGCCCGUGGUCGGCUUCGGCAGAGUCCAGAAGCAGUACCCGCAGACCUGGUGCUUCCUGGAGUGGCGGAGCAACACGACGAGCGACGCGGCGUUCAACUUCAUGUACGCCGGGUUCAGCUCGGUGCUCAUACUGGCCACGGUGCUGUGCAACGUGCUGGUGUGCGGCGCGCUCAUACGCAUGCACCGGCGCUACGUGCGCAGGACGUCGCUGGGGACCGACCUCGGACGCGACGUGGAUCCGCGCAAGAGGGGCCGCAGUUUCCGCCGUCUGGCCGGGGCUGAGAUCCAGAUGGUCAUCCUGCUCAUAGGAACCUCGGCGGUGGUGCUCAUCUGCUCCAUUCCACUGGUUGCUCAGGUGUUUUUGAACCAGCUCUACAAGCCUCCAGUAGAACUGCGCCUGGACAUUAACCCUGACCUGACGGCCAUUCGCUUCGCCUCCUUUAACCCCAUCCUUGACCCCUGGAUCUACAUCCUGCUGCGCAAGGCCGUCCUCCUCCAGCUGGUGGAGAACAUAAAGUGUCUAUUCUGCAAGGUGGGCGCCAGGAGCAGGCAGCAGAUCAAAGGAAGCUUGCCCUGCAAGGACAUCGCUCCUCCCUGCUCCUCGGUCAUCUCCAAGCCAGACUCAAACUCGCUGCCGUCCAGCGAACUUCGGGAUAUCGCCUCCCAGACUUUCCUGCACUUCCCCCAGGUGAAGGAGGUACACAAAGAGGAGAAGCUUGUGUGGUCUUCAUCGUGGAGACACUUGCAGGUGACCAAGACUUGUAAGCAGGACGGGGACAGGGCCCAUGUGUUCAAGGACCCCCACGCCUCCCCGGUAAAGGACCCAGCUUUACAGGUGUCGCUCAGCACUGAGACAAUGCAGGAGAAAUGCAUUUGACUUAACCCACCCAAUAUUUAGGAGCAAAUUCAAAACAGGAACUGUCAAUCAGUCAAGGAAAACAACGCUGACAAAGAACAUUUUAGCACUGUUGGCUGCAGCAAGAAAGUCCAGGAUGUUGAACUUCCCAACAUAAAGGGUCUUAAAGGGUUAAAAAAACGUAAACACUUUAAAGGCCUACUGAAAUGAGAUUUUCUUAUUCAAACGGGGAUAGCAUGUCCAUUCUAUGUGUCAUACUUGAUCAUUUCGCGAUAUUGCCAUAUUUUUGCUGAACGGAUUUAGUAGAGAACAUCAACGAUAAAGUUCGCAGCUUUUGGUGCUGAUAAAAAAACCUUGCCUUUACCGGAAGUAGCAGACGAUGUGCGCGUGACGUCACGGGUUGUAGGGCUUCUCACAUCCUCACAUUGUUUACAAUCAUAGCCAGCAGCAGCUAGAGCUAUUCGGACCGAGAAAGCGACAAUUUCCCCAUUAAUUUGAGCGAGGAUGAAAGAUUCGUGGAUGAGGAAAUUUAGAGUGAAGGACUAGAAGGAAAAAAAAGGAAAAAAAAAAAAGGCGAUUGCAGUGGGAGCGAUUCAGAUGUUAUUAGACACAUUUACUAGGAUAAUUCUGGAAAAUCCCUUAUCUGCUUAUUGUGUUGUUAGUGUUUUAGUGAGAUUAAAUAGUACCUGAAAGACGGAGGAGUGUGGCCACGGGUGUGUUGACGCCAGAGUCUCUGAGGGAAGUCACGGCAGCUGCAGCAGGACUGAAGCGCCGCUGAUGUCUCCGGUAAGAGGCGACUUAUUACUACAAUUUUCUCACCGAAAACUGCCGGUUGACAUGUAGUCGGGAUCCAUGUUCGCUUGACCGCUCUGAUCCAUAGUAAAGCUUCAUCUUCGGGAAUUUUAAACAAGGAAACACCGGCUGUGUUUUUGUGGCUAAAGGCUAAAAGCUUCCCACCUCCAUCUUUCUACUUUGACUUCUCCAUUAUCAAUUGAACAAAUUGCAAAAGAUUCAGCAACACAGAUGUCCAGAAUACUGUGUAAUUAUGCGAUUGAAGCAGACUACUUAUAGCUUGGAUCGGGCUAGAAAACAAUGUCCGCUACAAACCGAGACGUCACACGCACGAGUCAUCAUACCGCAAUGUUUUCAACACGACACUUCGCGGGAAAUUUAAAAUUGCAAUUUAGUAAACUAAAAAGGCCGUAUUGGCAUGUGAUGCAAUGUUAAUAUUUCAUCAUUGAUAUAUAAACUAUAAGACUGCGCUGUGGGUAAUAGUGGGUUUCAGUAGGCCUCUAAAAUACAUCGGGAAUUUUUACACAACUUUUACUACAGAAAAUACAAAUAAUAAACUCAAAUACAGGGUAUAGACCAGGUGUGUCCAAACAUUUUCCAUUUCCAUUUUGAUAUUUUUCAUUUUCAAAAUCAAUACAAUAUAUAGAUUUUCUUUAACCUUUAGGGCCCCCCUCAAGAGUGGUCCCAGGAACCCAGAAGGGUCUCAGUGUUAUGAGUGGGGCCAUUCUGCUUUCGGAUCUCCAAUCAUUUUUGAAUGAGAUUAGUUUUUCUUAAAGGUCAAUACCCAAAAAAUUGUCAAUUAUUGACCUAUUUAAGAACCUAGUUACUUUACAUCAAACAUUCCACUUUGAGAGUUUUUUUUUAAGGGGAAAUAUUUCAUAUUCUGUGUUUUUGCCUUAAAAACUGUUUUUUCUUUAACAAAAAAAAGGGCAUAAAACAUAGAAAUAAAAAGAAAGAAAGAACUUUAUGUCAACAAAUCUGAAAUUGAUGUAGAACUUUAAAUGUUAGAAAACAGCAACACAUGAUUUGUUUUUAAAGUCA